CGUGACUGGAGAGUUUGUGAGUGAAGCUGAUGUUUCUUGUCUCCAUCUUUUCCCCUUGUUGGUUUGCUGGUCUUUUCUUCUUUUUGGUUCUUUGUUGGGCCGCGUGCUAUCCACUUUAUCGGGGAAGCAUGUCGGUCCCACGCGGGCAGGGUUUGAGUUCCCUCCCGCGGCGUAAUGUGGUUAAAGUAGCCGCGGCGGCGAGUGUGGAGGAAUGUUGUCUUGCUGUUGGUGAGGUUGUGGGGCAUGAGAGCGUGUUAUCUGCCUCCAGGAUGAAUGGUGCCGUCGUGGUGUUUCUUAAUAGCGUUGAUAAAGUCGAUGAAGUAGUCGAACACGGAAUAGUCAUUGGUGGUGAUUUAGUCUCUGUUCUUCCUCUGUCAUUGCCAGCUAAGAGAGUCACUUUAUCAAAUGUUCCACCGUUCGUAAAUGAUGAAAGCUUUAUCUCGCUAUGGAGAAUUGGUAUCUCCGAUCACAAAGAUCCCAAAGAUCACCGCGGAUCACCGUUGUUGAAACACAUUGUUUCGUUCAGGCGAUUCGCUUAUAUGAUUAUUCCUGAUGAUGAUGAGCUAGAUAUGGAGCUCAAUUUUCGAAUUGAUAACUUUGAACAUGUUAUUUUUGUCUCUACCGUGAAAUCAAAGUGUUUUGGUUGCGGUAGAACUGGACAUUUAAUUGGUAACUGUCCUGACAAAGUUUCAGACAGGGAAGCAAACGCAGUGAAUGGGACCACUAAAGGAGAUGGUGGUGGGGAUGGGGGGGCUGACAUGGUUGAGGAGGUGUUGCCGGGGCCGAGCUCGGCUGUGGCGGCGGCGGCGGCGGGUGUUCCCGGUGAGAGUGUGGUUGCGUCGACUUCGCUGCACUGUGAGCACUCGGAGACGAUACACACCGCUACACUUUCAGAGGCUAGUGUUGAGGAGGUACCGAGCGUGGCGCCGGUUUCUGAAGAUAAACGUGAUGAACCAAUAGAAAGAGAGAAUAGUCCAGUGACUCUGAAGGAGGCGGGUGGAAUGGAUGGUGUGGAGAAAGACAUUUAUUUUAAAGUACCUUCUAAUAAAAGGAAGAUAAUUGAUAAAAUGGUUGAUGCCAAAAUAAGUAAAAGGAGUGAAGUGCAAGAAGGUUUUUACCUAUUUGGGGGGCUUUUCUUUUCCUUUUUAUUAUGAGUGAAGUUCAUGUAGCUACUUUGAAUGUUAAUGGGGCAAGGGAUUCUAGAAAAAGAGCUACUAUAUAUGAAGUAAUUAAGCAAAAGAAAAUCAAUGUUGUUUUAUUACAAGAAACUCAUAGUGACUUGAGAA